AUGGGGCUGGCCUCUGGGGGCCGCAAGCCAGGCCAAGUGAGGCCUGGGAAGCUGCUUGCCACGGCAUGUGGGCUGAGGGAUCUUCAGGGCCUUGCAACUCCCUUUGCGUCUGCCAGGCUUGAGAGUCACCUCUAUAUUGAAGAGCCCUGGUUCCGGGGGGCCUGUGGUCAAACCAACAUCUUCUGCAAGAUAGUGAAGGGGAAGCUGGUGGAGGUAGGCAGGCCACGGCAGGUGAGCAUCCUGCUCCUGGGCAUGUACAUCUGCAGCAGCUCCCUUAUCCAUUGCCAGGGGAUCCUCACAGCUGCACUCUGCUUACAGAGAUUCAAGGACCCCAAAAUGUACACUGUGAGGGUGGGAGUCCAGCGCCUCCCAGAAAACAGCACUCAUCUCCUGCUCACUUGUGUCGUGAUUCAUGAGGAUUUCAACAACCUCAUCUCCCAUGACAUUGCCCUCCCCAAGCUCAGGGAACUCAUCCCCUCGUUCCCCCUCAUCCAGCCUGUCUGCCUACCCAACGAGGUGGCUGUGAAGAUUGUAAAUAAUGAUAUCUGCAAUCAUCAGUACCAGUUCCUUUUCUUGAAGGGCCAGAAGAGUUUCAUUGGGAACAACAUGCUAUGUGCCAACUCACAAAGGGGCGUAGACACUUGUCAGCCUUCCUCCCCUGGACCUCGAAAUGCACAAGGAGGCCCCCUUUCCUCUGUGGCCCAUGAGAACAACACAGAAAAGGCAGUGAUGAGGGCAGUGAAGCCCUGUUUGACCACCUCCUCACCUGGGCUAAGAAGAAUCAUCCUGAUGGCCCUGGUCUGGGACCAGUGUGGCGCUGAGGCCCUGGAGACAGGAGCUGACAGUGCCUUCCGAGGCCCAUCACACUGCAUUAGCUCCCAUCCUCCUGAGAAGCCUGUGAUGGGUGUGAAGCCCAAUUAG